UCCUUCUCUUUGCUUUGGCAUUUCCAAGAUAUUUCAUAUCUUUCCUGCUUGAUCAAUCCUCUUCUUUCCCUCAGCCCAUCUUCAAACCCCUUUGCUAUACAUAUAAUUCCAUCUUCUUCUUUUUUUGCUUUUUUUAUUUAUUAUUAUUAUUAUUAUUUUUUUUUUUUUUUGGGUCUUCCACAAGAAAAAUGCAAUACUUGAGCUGUUUUUGCUGCAUCUCUCAGAAAGAAGAUCCAGAUGAAUCUAGCAGGGGACAGAAUAAAGAUUAUCCGUGGCAAAUAUACUCACUGAAGGAGCUUUUGCAUGCCACAAACAACUUCCAUAAUGAUAGCAAAAUUGGUGAAGGAGGGUUUGGAAGCGUCUAUUGGGGUCGAACAAGUAAAGGCGUCGAGGCAAUCAUGUCCAUCUUUUUUAAUUCCUUUUUGAAUAUUUGAUCAUUUCUUUUGUUUAUUAAAAUUAUGAAAAACAAAUCCUCAGAAUCUAUUAAAAAUUUGAUUACAAUCAAAGAAAAAGGCCAAAAAAAAAAAGUUUUAGUUACCGAUUUAGGCUGCUUAUUGACCAAUAUAUUAUUGCAUGAGCAGAUAGCUGUAAAACGCCUGAAGACGCUGAGUGCAAAGGCAGAGAUGGAAUUUGCAGUGGAAGUGGAAAUACUUGGGAGGGUUAGACAUAAGAACUUGUUAGGCUUAAGGGGAUUCUACGCCGGCGGCGAUGAAAGGCUUAUAGUUUAUGAUUAUAUGCCUAAUCAUAGCUUAAUCACUCAUUUGCACGGCCAACUCUCUGCGGAUUGUCUUCUUGAUUGGCCAAGAAGGAUGAACAUCAUCAUUGGAUCAGCUGAAGGUUUAGCGUACUUGCACCACGAGGCCAAUCCUCAUAUAAUACACAGAGAUAUAAAAGCCAGUAACGUGCUUUUAGACACUGAGUUUCAAGCAAAAGUUGCUGAUUUUGGAUUUGCAAAACUAAUUCCCGAAGGUGUUACCCAUCUGACAACUAGAGUAAAAGGAACACUUGGGUAUUUGGCACCGGAAUAUGCUAUGUGGGGAAAAGUUUCUGAGAGCUGUGAUGUAUACAGCUUUGGGAUUUUGCUAUUGGAAAUAAUUAGUGGUAAAAAACCCAUAGAGAAACUACCCGGAGGAGUAAAACGUGACAUUGUUCAAUGGGUCACUCCCUAUGUCCAAAAAGGUGCUUUUAAUCACAUAGCCGAUCCGAGGUUGAAAGGUAAGUUUGACCGCGACCAGCUCAAAUCCACAGUCAUGCUUGCUUUGAAGUGUACAGAUGGUAGUCCGGAGAAUAGGCCUAGCAUGUUUGAAGUGGUUGCUUGGCUUAAGAAUAAUGGAAGUGUAGGGAAAAGGAAAAAAGAUGUUUCAGAUUUGGAGGAAAAGGCCAUGGUAGAUGAAGACGAAGGGAAAGACAAAAGUGAUACUGGCUAUGAAGGAUUUGCAGUGGAGCAGUACGGUGGGAAAAUGAUAAGGGCUAAAUCACAAAGAAGAUGACUUCUUCUUUUUUCUUUUUUUUUUCUUAUUUUUUUUCCUUUUUUCUUAUUUUUUUUUUUUUUUUUACUUUUAAUUUUCUUUUGUGAAACUAGAAUAUUGUAUCUUUACGGGCUUGGUUUUUGGUUUUUGGUUUUUUGCAAAACUUAGAUGUAUCUUCUUGGCCUUUGAGCUCUUUUACAAUUAAAUUAAGUUUACAACUUUACGUAAG